AUAUAUUUUCGAGGAUUCCUUUGCAAAUAAUAGCCAGUUAGCUAGCUAGCUAUCGGUAACCUAUCGAGCUGGUUUGCUGUACUGCUAGUUUUAGGAUACAACAGCCAGCUAUGAAGCUGGCUAAACUUGUUAUUGAACUAGACUGUAUGGCCCUCGGCUGUGAGGCUAAUAUUUGUAAUAGCAUUUGACCGUGACAAACCCGACGAAACUCAUUGUGUACUUUGUGGGAACCGUUAUGGUUUAUACCAGUUAGUGUCUUGCAUGUUUGUGUAGCGUCGGCAUUGCAGUCGUCUGGGACAUACGCCUCUGUCUAUUCGGUGUCAGUAUUCUGGAUGUCUGAAACACACGUGACGGUGUAUGUACGGUGUUGAAGAAAAGAGAAUUUUUUGUUGAAUGCCCAGAAUUCAGCUUCCCAAGACUGAACCAUGAAUAAAAACAAGCGGGAGAAGGAGUUCUACAGUUUGGAUGUUGGCGAUUCCACAUUUACCGUUCUCAAACGCUACCAGAACUUAAGGCCCAUUGGCUCGGGUGCACAGGGAAUCGUCUGCUCCGCUUAUGAUCACUGCCUCGAGCGAAACGUGGCCAUCAAGAAGCUCAGCCGGCCUUUUCAGAACCAGACCCAUGCUAAGCGAGCUUACAGGGAGCUGGUGCUUAUGAAAUGCGUGAACCAUAAAAACAUUAUUGGCCUGUUAAAUGUAUUUACUCCUCAAAAAACACUUGAUGAAUUCCAGGAUGUGUACCUGGUGAUGGAGCUGAUGGACGCCAACCUGUGUCAGGUGAUCCAGAUGGAGCUGGACCACGAGCGCCUGUCCUACCUGCUCUACCAGAUGCUGUGUGGGAUCAAGCACCUGCACUCUGCUGGGAUCAUCCACAGGGAUCUGAAACCAAGUAACAUCGUAGUGAAAUCCGACUGCACCCUGAAGAUCCUGGACUUUGGUCUGGCCCGGACGGCGGCCACGGGUUUGCUGAUGACGCCCUACGUGGUGACACGUUACUACCGGGCUCCCGAGGUCAUCCUGGGGAUGGGGUACCAGGCAAAUGUUGAUGUCUGGUCUGUUGGCUGCAUCAUGGCUGAAAUGGUCAGAGGUAGUGUGUUGUUUCCCGGUACGGAUCACAUCGACCAGUGGAACAAGGUCAUCGAGCAGCUGGGCACGCCGUCGCAGGACUUCCUAAUGAAGCUGAAUCAGUCUGUGCGCACCUACGUGGAGAACAGACCUCGCUACGCCGGAUACAGCUUCGAGAAGCUCUUCCCCGACGUGCUCUUCCCGGCCGACUCUGAACACAGCAAGCUGAAGGCGAGCCAGGCCAGGGACCUGCUGUCAAAAAUGCUGGUGAUUGAUGCAUCAAAGCGCAUCUCUGUGGACGAGGCCCUGCAGCACCCCUAUAUCAAUGUGUGGUACGAUCCCACUGAGGUGGAAGGGCCCCCACCGCUGAUCACAGACAAGCAGCUGGACGAGCGGGAGCACACAGUGGAUGAAUGGAAAGAGCUCAUAUACAAGGAGGUCCUGGAGUGGGAGGAGAGGAUGAAAAAUGGGGUGAUCCGAGGCCAGCCAGCUUCCCUAGGUGCAGCCGUGAUGGGCGGCUCCCAGAACCCAUCCUCGUGCUCCUCCGUGAACGACGUGUCCUCCAUGUCCACUGACCCAACCAUGGCCUCUGACACGGACAGCAGCCUGGACACCUCGGCUGGCACGCUGGGCUGCUGCAGAUGACCUCCUGACCUGCAUCUCCCUGUUCCCUUGGCCAGUCUCUGGGAUGCUUUGGCUUCUUUUUGGGGUUUUUUGACUGUAAAUAAUCAUGGCACGUAUUUUAUCCCCUAGCAAGAAUUUGAGAACACACACACACACACACACACACACACACACACAUAUAUAUAUAAAAAAACAACACUAAAGUGUCUGCUUAAUUUUAACUAUGGUCAGUUAGUACUUCUUUUUCAGCUACAGCAAUACCAUUUUGCCAUAUGACAGCAGAAUGAUCGGUUUAGUACAGAGUUUCCCGACUCAAUAGUCAGGGACCCACAAAUGGUCCAUGUUUUUGCUCCCUCUCGGCUCCCUGCCUGACAGUCCACAUUUUUGCAAAAACAUGAACUCCACGGGUCCCUAAGGAUCUGAUUGGGAAACACUGGUUUAGGUUUUAUGAUGGAAAUGUUUUGAAACUUUUCUUUUCUUUGCUGUGACCUGUCUUCUCUCCAGCCUGAGUGAUUUUUGCUUUUCCUUGAAAGGUUUUAAAAACGGUCUUCCGGGCUCCUUCUCAGCCAGUGGCCUUUUUGAAAUAUCCAGCAUGGGACUUUUUAAUUAGCCUCCUUUGUAUGACGCUUUCAGUUUGACGCAGCAUUUUGAUACAUUUUUUGUUAAAGAUCAUCUCUGAGGAAUCUUUGCUGCCUCAUCCUUGUCUGCACAUUGAUUUGCUGAUGGUUUCUUGACAUCUGGAAGUUUUGCAGGUAGCCCAGGAUAAGUGUUACGGCAACAUCCAAAAGGCAGCCACCUGUAAAUAAACUUCAAGCGUCACAGAGGAUGACAACGGUCGCUGGGUUGUUAGCUAAUGCGUUGCCUGGUAACGGGCUAGAUCGUAGGUUCGGAUCCUGAGGCUCCACUGUUUUGUGUGGGAGUCUGACAAAGAAAUCCUGUUAGCUGGUUUUUAUAACAGUAUCAUGGUGGCUCAAGUAUGUAUUAAAGUAGCAUUUUAACUGAGUUUCAGUACAGUUACGUGUCACUUUUAGUGCUUUAUUUGAUUCAUUUAAUGAAACACUGGACCGGUGAGUGGCUGCAGCUUCACUUCUGUGCUCUUUGCGUGUUGAUUUGCUUUACGGCGAACAAAAAGCUCCGGACUGGAGGAGCUGAAGCUGUACAAUACGAACCCAAUGGAGCACAGUAACGGCGUCCUUUCAAAGUGGGCUUGUUUUACUUACUAAAGGGAAAAGUGCCUGCAGCAGCUGCACAUUCAUUCCUGAAUGACUAGGAGACAAGAAUUUGCUUUGUGAGAAUCUGUGUCUGAAUUUGCGAAGGGCUGUUUUAUUUUCCCGCUAUUCCCUCACAUUUUAGAGCGGCUAGUACAAAUCUAUUUUUUUACUGCUUCGACGAACCCAAAAGUUGGGAAAGGUAAUGGAAAAGGGACACUUCAGAAUGUCAUGGAGCAUUUUUAAAAGUUAUUUUUACCAUCCCAUGGGCAGUUUGGUCAGGUUUUUCAUCAAAGUAGUUUUCCUUUUGAAGUAUGACAACUUUUCUCAAAUCCCUUGAUACACGUGUCGUGUUAAAGCUGUGUUGGAGGGCUGAGGGAGAACCGAUUGGAGCAGAUCUGUGUGUCAGAGCACAAUAUCAUACAUGUUUGGCGUGUGUGUCUGGUCUGUGACCCGGGGUACCUCUGAAAAGGGUGGACUCCUCAUGGAUUUUGUGUUUAAGUGCUCUUAUUUUCGUGAGUGAUUUGGCGCCCCCUUCUGGUGCAGUCGGAGCUCUGCCUCCCCACUGCUUUAGGGGGUGUUGGAUCCCAUUUAAAAAUAGACUUUGAUGAACUACCUCACACUAAAUUACUCUGAGUCCCUGCAUAAACUCAGCUGCCCACAUUAGCUAGAGAAAACAAAUGUGAAAUAAAGGAUUUCGUUAUUUAUUUAUUUGAAAUUGUACAAUUGUCAAUAUUAGGAUACUUCUGCUAUUGUACAUUGUGUACUUCACUGAUGAGUACAAGAACUUCAUGUAUUUUUUUUUGUUUUUCUACUGUUCAUGUGCAAUACCCUCUACGUACUUAUGUGUGUAGCAUGUGAUGGACUUUGCCAUGUAUAUGUUGAAAAUGUUUGGUACUGUCAAUCCACAUGUUUUUUUUUUUUUUUUUUUUUUUAAAUAAACUAAACUGAUUUUUCAUGGCUGGGCACCGUUGUUGUGCUAUAACCAGCUUUAUUUCCUUCGCAUCUGCCGAGGUGGGACUGGCUACAUGUGUACCGUAUUGAGCAAAGGCACAGGAACAUGCUGGUCUGUAACGUAUGCUAAUGGGGGCAGCCACACGACUCGACAGGACAGCGUGGUCCUGGGUUUCUCUAUCGCACAUUGUGUCCACUGGAGUCUAUGCCAACCUUAAAACAAUAAACUGGAAACUGACAUCA